UGUGAUUGGGCGCGCCUGUGCAUUCGGGGCUGUGGGCACUUCCGGAUCCCUGGUGUCAGCUCUGCGGGAGGACGGAUACAAUGCCGGAGAAUGGGAGCCGCUGAGAAGUUGUGACCCCGGGGGAGACAGGCGCUACAGGCGGACACAGAGGUCCCGGGAAGUCGGCAGUUCGACAGGAUCUGUGCAAGUGAAAUGACUGAAUACAAGCUUGUCGUGGUUGGUGCUGGAGGCGUGGGCAAGAGUGCUCUGACCAUCCAGCUCAUACAGAACCACUUUGUUGAUGAGUAUGAUCCUACUAUUGAGGAUUCAUACCGAAAGCAGGUUGUGAUAGAUGGUGAAACAUGUCUGCUGGAUAUUCUCGACACUGCAGGUCAAGAGGAGUAUAGUGCCAUGAGGGAUCAGUACAUGCGAACUGGAGAAGGCUUUCUGUGUGUCUUUGCUAUUAAUAACACAAAGUCCUUUGAGGACGUCCAUCAUUACAGAGAACAAAUCAACCGAGUAAAAGAUUCUGAUGAUGUGCCUAUGGUAUUAGUUGGUAACAAAUGUGACCUCCCAUCACGGACAGUGGACACAAAACAAGCACAAGAGCUAGCAAAGAGUUAUGGUAUUCCAUUCAUAGAAACCUCUGCUAAAACAAGACAGGGAGUUGAAGAUGCAUUUUACACUCUUGUCCGUGAAAUCCGCAAACACAAAGAGAAGAUCAACAAUGGAAAGAAGAAGAAAUCCUCCAAAAGGAAGUGUGUCAUUCUUUAAAACAAGUGCCAUCCUUCAGAGGAAUGCCAGUCAAACCACAGCCUGUGUGCCAACUAAAAGCAAACUGAAUGUAUGGACUUGAGUAAUGCAGUGAAAUGAGACUAAUUGCCAUUUAUUCAAGAUUCACUUCAUUAAUUGUUUUUAUUAGAGGGAUUUCAUAACCCAUAUAUAUAUAUAAAUAUAUAUUUUUAUUUUAUUUUUUUUGGCAUAUGAAGGCUGGGCUUUUCUAAACUUGAAGUCCAUACUCUUGCAUAGAAGCAAAAAAAAGGCAGUAAAAAAUGUACAAACUCUAAUUAAACAGACUGUUUGUUUCAAUUUAAGAGCCCUCCAAUUUUUAUUUUUUUUUCCUCUGGAGAGAAACUGAUGCGUGAAACCCACCCGAAUAAAUAAACGCAGAACUGGUGAACAGUAUUCCAAUGCUCAGCUAGAAAUCCUAGGAAUUUUAUAAAAGUGGUGAAAUUAUAGUUGUGAAUUGUGUCUGAGAAUGGAAAACAUGCUAGUAAGAAAUAAACAUUUUGAAAAUUUA